GUGCCAUCCCAAGCACACGCAACACGCAUCCCCCAUAGCCGGAACGAGCUCCGCUUCUCCUUGUUCCCGCGGCGGCGGAACACAUCGAGAUGGCCAAGUACGUGGAGAUGCUGGACAUGGGCGUGCGCAUCGCCGCCAGGUUCCACUCCCACUGCCCGCAGACGGCGCGCAUGUACUACAAGCCGCCGCAGUCCGCCUCCACGUCGGGCGCCGCCGAGGCCGCCACGACGGAUCGGACGAAGGCGGCCGGCUUUGACGGCGGCGAGGACGUGGCUGCUGGCUUCCGGCCCUUCGCCGCCUCGGGAGCUCUCGGCGCCGGCGUCCAGCCGCGGUUCGGCUUCGACACCGCGCAGGUCGUCAUCUACGAGGUCGUAUGAGGCUGGGAACAACGAGGGCGGGCUCUUCUGGGAAGAGAUCUCUUGGAUGAGGAUAGUUUUGCGACCGAGGAAUUGGUCGAUUAUAACACCAUUCUUUAAUUAGUUUGUGUACAUGCCGGAAGAAUUGAUCAAAGAAAGAGUUUUUUGUUCUUGCU